AUGGCCCCUGAGAACUACACAAGGGUCACCGAGUUCAUUUUCACAGGUUUGAAUUACAACCCGCAAUUGCAGGUUCCUCUCUUCCUGCUCCUUCUGAGUUUCUAUGUCAUCAACCUAACUGGAAACUUGGGUAUGAUUAUUCUCAUACGGAUCGAUUCCCGCCUUCAUGUGCCCAUGUAUUUUUUCCUCAGCCACUUGUCUUUUGUGGACACCUGCUUCUCCUCAGUUGUGAGCCCCAAGAUGCUCUCUGACUUCUUUGAGAAGAGGAGAGCCAUCUCCUUCCUGGGCUGUGCUGUACAGCAGUGGUUCUUCGGGUUCUUUGUGGCAGUGGAGUGCUUUCUCCUGGCAUCCAUGGCCUAUGACCGUUAUGUGGCCAUCUGCAACCCAUUAUUGUAUUCAGUGGCCAUGUCCCAGAGACUCUGUAUCCAGCUGGUGGUUGGUCCCUAUGUCAUCGGGUUCAUGAACACCAUGACUCAUACGACAAAUGCAUUUCGUCUCCCUUUUUGUGGUCCCAAUGUCAUCAGUCAUUUCUUCUGUGAUAUGUACCCCUUGCUGUCCCUUGUGUGUGCUGACACUAGUGUCAAUAAGUUGGUAGUUUUUGUCGUGGCUGGAGCUGUGGGAGUGCUCAGCGGUCUGACCAUCCUGGUCUCCUACAUUUACAUCCUCACUGCCAUCCUGAGGAUCCGCUCAGUCGAGGGGAGGCGCAAGGCCUUCUCCACCUGUUCUUCUCAUCUGACAGUGGUCUUCAUCCUGUAUGGUACUCUUUUCUUUAUUUAUGUACGGCCUAGUGCAAGCUUCUCCCUGGAUCUCAAUAAAGUGGUGUCUGUGUUCUACACAGCAGUGAUCCCCAUGUUGAACCCACUUAUCUACAGCUUGAGGAACAAAGAGGUCAAAGAUGCCAUCCACAGGACUGUCACUAAGAGGAAGUUCUGUAAGGCCUGA